CUGUCUCUUUCAUCUCCUAAAUUCCUAAUAACCAAUAGACAGAGAAAAUCCCAACCAUAAAAGCUCUCAUACAUCAAACACUUCUCAGUUUUCUGAAGCAACCAAGUGAGCAACACAAUCACCGCGUCUCAAGAGAGAAAACAAAUGCAAAGAAACUCCACUUUCUACCCCAUCAUUGCAAUCCAAUCCAACAAAUAAAAAUAUCUCACUUUUCUCUUCAAUCCCUUCACAAUUCAUCAGAGCAGAAAACAAAAGAGGAAGAAAAAAAAAACAAAUGGAGAUUGAGAUGGUUAGGUGUGAGUGCUGUGGACUAAAAGAAGAUUGCACACAAGACUACAUCACACAAGUGAAGGCAAAAUUUGAUGGGAAAUGGCUGUGUGGGUUGUGCUCAGAAGCAGUAAGGGAUGAGGUUGGCAAAGGCAGCAAUCAGCCAUUUGGCAUGGAGGAAGCUGUGAGGGCACACAUGUCAUUUUGUGGUAAAUUCAAAUCCAACCCUGCAGUUAGAGUGGCAGAUGGGAUGAGGCAGAUGCUUAGGAGAAGGUCAAACAUGUCAUCUUCUUCUUCAUCACCAAAAAAGUACACAAGAUCAGCAAGCACAUCCCAAGUGGGCCAUUCAUCUUCUUUCUCAUUGUACUAAUUGCAACCAGACUUCUUGGGUUGGAAUAAUUGAUAUAUAUAAUAUGAAGGUAGUGGAAUUUCAUGGCUCUUA